GUGGAGCACACAGUGCAGGGAUACGUCUAUGAGGCCAUCUGUGAAAACUUAAGGUCCUCAAGAUGGCACAAGGAGAUGCCGUCAUGAAACCAACAGUAGUCACAGAGGAAGUGAGUUUGAGUGAAAUUCAAGUAAAGCUGCUUGUGGAUGGCGUCAUUCCUCCCCUAUUUGGCAGCAAAAAAAAGCCCAAAAAUGGUGACUUGGCUGUGACUUUCUUCAAAAGGGGAUUUGAAAUGCUUGCAACAGUACAUAAAACAGAUGGGAAAGAGACCAAGUGGCAUUUUGCUGUAAAAAAAUUGCCCUCAGAAAUAGUGAUAAAUAGAUCAUCAUUUAAGGUAGACAAAGGCCUGGUGAUUGUGAAUCUUUACAAGAAAGAUGAACUAUCAUGGGCCCCUAUGUUGCGGCGAGGUAUCGAACAAGCAGAUAGUGAUAGCAGCGAUGAAGAAGCUGACAAACAAGAGAAGACAGAGUAAUGCUUUUGUCCACUAUUUCAUAGCUUAUGAGUCUCUUGAAAUGCUAUAUCAGCUGAAAAAUGGAGGAGAAACUCCUCAUAAUAGUAUAAUUGUUCUCAGUGCCCAUUUGUACUUAGUAGAAUGAAACCUAAUACUUUUUUGUGUGUAUUGGAGGUCUAGUUUAUACAAUGAAACUCGUAUUCUACGAAGUCUUCAGGUUGGACCUGCAAUUUUGUUAAGACUGAGGUUUCAAUGAAGGAAAAGUGCAACUAAUGAGAGCUUUUUGUGUUGAUAACGACAGGGACAUUUGUUCUGAAUGUGUCACGGUCCUAAAUAAGGGUAAGAAACCAGUGGUGUCCCAAAAUGCUCACAUAUGUAAACUGUUACUUUUUUGUUGUUGUUUUUAUUUUCAUCUGAACUGCCCAAGAAGUGCUUUAUCAACAUCUCAAAGUACAAGUGUUUAUUAUCUCUUUAGUUUUCAUGCUUCUCGAUCCUCGACUGCUCUUGUCUUACAUUGUCUUUCGAAAAGUGUUGAUAGGGAGCCUGGCAUGGUAUAUUGCCAUGUCGCAAAAAAAAUCUGCUGUUUUUUUCCCUUUUUAGCUUCCUCAAUCUGCUGCAGUUUAAUUUCAAAGGAGAGAUGUUUUCUUGUCUCUGUUGCGAUACUAAAAGUGUCUUAGAUUAGGAAAGCUGAAGUGGUACCAUAGUGCUACAGUAUACAAUUUACAAAGGACUACCAAAGUGCACAGUGUAAAAGCACACACAACUAAAAUGGCACGCCUAUGCCAAAUGAAGGAUUGUUUGACGAAUAAUUUGCAUAGUACCCUGCAGGGCCUACUGGUAGGGCCAGUUUUGAUUAGGCCUACCAGAUGUUAAGUUCAUAAGUGCGUGCAACUCAUAACAUGGAUCUAGAAGUAGCUGUGAAGAAAAUUAUUGUCACCAUGUCGCCACUACCUCUCUUAACUCUCUAUUGACAAUCUGUUCUGAGCACAAGUAGACCCCCCUUCCCACAAACACACACACAUACACACACACCAACGCACACUCACAUUCACCCUGACCACUCGUACACAGUACAUGAGCUGGCCGCCCAUCUGACCUCACCUUACCCUAAUGUCUUUUGCUUGUGUCCACAACUCAUUUUGGUGUAAAAAAAGGCCUCUGAUAUGUCUCAUUUAUAAGAUGACUGUGUGUACCUGUUAAAUCAAUCGUAGUGCAUAGUAAACAAUACGCAAUUAGUGUGAAAUGAUCCUCGAUGCAGGGUGAUAAUUCUUUUGAAUAGAGUAGGCUUAGUUCAUAUUUGGAGUAAAAUGCAUGAAGCCAUGUCAGCAGUGGCUGUUUGCUCUGCAAGCAUCUUUGCUGAAUCUGAGUUCGCUCAUUCAUACAUGGUGUUCUGUGGACUUGGGUUAAAUUUGAAGCUCUGAAACUCAAAAAGACAGUAUAUUCUAUCUGACAUGUUGGUCUCAGGUUUUUUUCUCAUCAUCUUUUUCAUUUGAACUUUUGCACAUUUAUUGUGAUUCUCUAAAAAUUUUCCUGUAUAUAAGUGGACCAAAUGAAUCCAACCUGAUACCAGUUGCACAAUUAGCUUUUGUCACCUUGACCUUCUCUGUUUGACUGUUCUGUAAGAUCUCAGCAGAAACAUUGGACCCACUCCAUGACCAAGGAUAAGUGAUUAGACAAGUAGGUCUGACUGAGUCAACUAUACUGUCAAAGUCAAAGGAGAGACCUCAUUGUAAAUGGGAGGGGUUGGCUGGUGCAGCACUAUGUGUUUAAACUAAACUGUCCAAAUUCCCAUAACCCAUAGAAGCAAUUUAAGGACAACAAAUUGUGGAGCAAAACAAGAUUUUAAAAAAGGAGGAUGGAUGGGUCUCAUUGUGACCACCAUGCCAUUCAAGGUGACAAUUUACAUUUCACCUGACCUGACGAUCGUAAUGAUAGUUCUCAACUAUAAUGUGACUUACCUGCCAAUUUCUUUGAAAAAUAGUAUUCUUACAGUUAUUUUUUAUAGUGGUUGUGACACAGUUCUUUUUGAUGGGUCAUCUGAAAGAAAGGCUGAGGUCAAUAAAAAAGCCCAGAAAAAAGUAUAAUUUUUCUUAAUAGGGUAUUUUACUUUCCCCCGCAAAGUAUUUGGUCAUGAUGUUAACUUCUUAGUCUUAGGAUAAAAUAAUACGUUCUAUUUUUAUUUCAGUAUUUAAAUGAUCUUUUUUAUUAUAUUUCCCAUGCUCGAAGCAAAGUAUCAUUGUUAUCUUUUAACGUGCUGAACUUUGCCCUUCAGUCAGCAACAUUGUAUCAGGCAUAAACACUGACUAACAAUCUGAAGGUGUGCAAUUUAUGCUAAGCAGGGUCUGCCUUGCGUUCACUGAUACAGUUUGUACUAGAUCUGAAUUCUGAGAUUUUUUCCAUUUUAUUUCUUUGAGCAUAUCUCAGUUGCCACCAUUUUUUAAAAACUUUAUGCACUUAUGCACACACAAUGCCAGAAUUUAUAUUGACAUCAAUUUUUUUAUCUUGUACUACGCCUCUUUGAUUUCAGUUGAGAAUUCUUUUAACUUUGUUUUAUGCCUAUCUCGAGUAUUCAUUCAGAUUGGUAAUAGAAUUUAAUUUAAUAAACUUUGAAACUACCUGC